UGGCGGGCUUCUAUUUGGUACAUCACUUUUGUCGUCGCUCUGGGUGUAGCAACAGACUGCUUUUGUUACGCGGCACUCGUUCCGGUGGUACCGUUUCGUCUCCAAGCUUUGGGCUACUCUAAUGUAUCUGGACUCGCCUCCUGGCUGAUGGUAUCCUACGCUGGGGGCCAAGUACUCGCUACCUUUCCCGUCGCAUACUACUUUCAUCGACAUCCUCAUCGCCGUCUACCCCUUGUAGGCGGGGUCAUCACGAUCAUCGGUGCUUUGUUGCUGUUCAUGUUUGCCAAUCCAUAUUGGGCGAUGGUGGUGGCCCGGUUCAUCCAAGGAUGUGCCGGGACCGUCAUAUGGUCAGGCGAGUGGAUUUCUCUUCGAGUCGAAACGUGUGAUGAAAAGAACAUGGGCAGACAGAUUGGUUUCGCUUUCUCGGGAAUUGCCAUCGGUACCAUAGCUGCCCCUCCUAUCGGCGGUGCACUAUACGAAGCACUUGGUUGGCAUGCGCCUUUCGUGUUUUGCAUCGGUCUCUGUGGUGUUGACUUGCUCAUGCGACUACUGGUAAUUGAACCUUCUCGUCAAAUGUCAAAUUCAAACUCAAUACAGGCCAACUCCGCUCCGUCAAGUCCUCUCUCAACCACGAGUACAUUCAAAUCUGAGACCGCAUCCAGUACAGAAGUCAACCUUUCUCCUUGGGGAGUAAUGGGAAAGAUUAUAUCUUCUCCUAGGGGGAUGACCGCUUUAGCUCUCACUGGACUGUUCGGUCUGUUAGUUGGGGCUUUCGAUCCCACACUAACCCUUAGAGUACAAAGUGUAUGGGGUAAAGAUUCUUCUUUUGUCGGUUUGAUCUAUCUUAUUGCUUGUGCUCCUGCCUUCGUAGCGGGACCGAUUACCGGUGCAAUGUCUGACAAAUGGGGUGUAGAGAGUGUUGCUGUACCUUCUAUCCUGCUUACUAUACCUUCUACUCUGUUGUUGUUAUUGAAGACGAAUUUGCCAGGUUUCAUUUUCUGUUUCACCUGUAUCGAUUUCUUUUUGAGUUGUACCAUGUCUCCAACAGGUGUAGAAGUCUCAAAGAUUGCUAGGAAAACCUUGAUAGCUGACCGAUCAGAUCAAUUCGGAGCUAUAAAUGUCGCUUACGCCUCAUCUUCAGCUUUGGGAGCUAUUGCCGGUGGACAAUUGUAUGAUCGUCCUGGUGCUGGAUGGCCAGCUGUAUGUUGGUUCAAUUUCGCAUGUUGUAUAGCUGUUUUACCCCUCGCCAUGCUCUGGACGGGAGAUAAACCACUCUUUUGGCGA